UUUCUCCCCAACGACACUCAACGACCGACCGCACACCACCGCACACCACCGCAAUCAUGGCUGCCAGCGAGUGCCCAGUCAAGAAGGCCAACAUUGGCGGCGGCGGCACCCGCAACCGCGACUGGUGGCCCAACGACCUCAAGCUCAACAUCCUCCGCCAGCACACGGGCGUCACGAACCCCAUGAGCAAGGACUUCGAGUACGCGGCCGCCUUCAAGAGCCUCGACUACGAUGCCGUGAAGAAGGACCUGCACCAAUUGAUGACCGACUCGCAGGAGUGGUGGCCCGCCGACUUCGGCCACUACGGCGGCCUGUUCAUCCGCAUGGCCUGGCACAGCGCCGGCACCUACCGCGUCUCCGAUGGCCGCGGCGGCGGCGGUGACGGCCAGCAGCGCUUCGCCCCGCUCAACAGCUGGCCCGACAACGUCUCGCUCGACAAGGCCCGCCGCCUGCUGUGGCCCAUCAAGCAGAAGUACGGCAGCAAGAUCUCCUGGGCCGACCUUCUGCUGCUCACCGGCAACGUCGCCCUUGAGUCCAUGGGCGUCAAGACCUUCGGCUUCGCAGGUGGCCGUCCCGACACAUACGAGGCCGACGAGUCCGUCUACUGGGGCGGCGAGACCACGUGGCUUGGCAACGAGGUCCGCUACUCCUCGGGCAAGGAGGGUGUAGCGGGCGGGGGUGCUGGUGUAGUGGACGGCGACCAGCACAAGAAGGAGCACGGAGACAUCCACUCUCGCGACCUGGAGGAGCCGCUGGCGGCUGCGCACAUGGGUCUCAUCUACGUGAACCCGGAGGGUCCCGAUGGUAUCCCAGACCCGGUCGCUUCCGCCCGCGACAUCCGCACCACCUUCGGCCGCAUGGCGAUGAACGACGAGGAGACCGCCGCUCUGAUCGUCGGUGGCCACAGCUUCGGAAAGACCCACGGCGCAGCGCCUUCCGAGAACUGCGGUCCCGAGCCAGAAGCUGCUCCCCUUCACCAGCAAGGCUUCGGCUGGCAGAACAAGCAUGGCCGCGGCAAUGGACCCGAUACCAUCACAUCCGGCCUGGAAGUCAUCUGGACUGCUACGCCCAACAAGUGGAGCAACAAGUACCUUGAGUAUCUCUACAAGUACGAGUGGGAGCUCACCAAGAGCCCUGCCGGUGCCAACCAGUGGGUCGCUAAGACGGAUGAUGCCUUCAUCCCUGAUGCCUACGAUCCGAACAAGAAGCACAAGCCGCGAAUGCUGACCACCGAUCUGGCCCUGCGCUUCGACCCCACAUACGAGAAGAUCACCCGCCGCUGGCUCGACCACCCGGAUGAGCUUCACGAUACUUUCGUUCGCGCCUGGUUCAAGCUGCUACACCGUGACAUGGGCCCGCGAUCCCGCUGGGUUGGCCCCGAGAUCCCCAAGGAAGUGCUCCUGUGGGAAGAUCCCAUACCACCAGCGGACCACCUGACCAUCAACGACUCCGACGUCGGCGAACUGAAGAAGCAGAUCCUCGCCACUAACGUCGAGCCCACCAGCUUCAUCCGCGCCGCCUGGGCGUCCGCCUCGACAUUCCGCGGCAGCGACAAGCGCGGCGGUGCCAACGGUGCUCGCAUUCGCCUUGCACCCCAGAUCAACUGGAAGGUUAACAAUGCAGCGGAGCUCAAGCCCGUCCUGACUGCGCUGGAGAACGUGCAGAAGAAGUUCAAUGACUCUGCACCCGGUGGAAAGAAGGUCUCGUUGGCCGACCUCAUCGUUCUAGCCGGUGUCGCGGCCCUGGAGAAGGCCUCCGGCAUUUCUGUACCCUUCACGCCCGGCCGCACCGACGCCUCGCAGGAGCAGACCGAUGCGAAGGCCUUCGAGCACCUCGAGCCGGUUCUUGACGGCUUCCGCAACUACGGUGUCGGCACAUCUCGCGCGAAGACCGAGAUGUUCCUCGUCGACAAGGCACACCUGCUCACCCUCUCCGCUCCUCAGAUGACCGCUCUCGUCGGCGGCAUGCGCGCCCUGAACGCCAACUGGGACGGCUCAGCACAUGGCAUCCUCACCAAGCGCCCCGGCCAGCUGACCAACGACUUCUUCGUCAACCUGCUCGACAUGGGCACCGAGUGGAAGCCAACCGACGAAAGCAACGAGUUCUUCGAGGGCGUCGACCGCAAGACGGGCGCGAAGAAGUGGACUGCCACCCGGACCGACCUCAUCCUCGGUCACCACCCUGAGCUCCGCGCUGUCUGCGAGGUGUACGGUGCGUCGGAUGCGCAGGAGAAGUUCAAGAAGGAUUUCGUGGCUGCGUGGGACAAGGUUAUGAACUUGGACCGGUUUGAUGUGCGGAGCACGGCUGGUGUGGAGAAGGCCAGGCUUUGAGGGAUAGUAAGGUCUAAGCUCUAAUCCAACGGCUUGCAUGGCGUCAUGACAUGGUACAUACCUAUGGCAUAGGGUAGCAAAUUGAAGAAAAAAACUAUUUACAUUGCAGGAGUAGUUCCUUCUCUUCCACUGAUAACGUUCUGGUGUUUUG